AUGGAACAACUCUGGCACGAAGAUUCUAUCAGCGUUGUCACCGAGACAGAUUUCUGUGAUACCUUCUCAACCUUGGGCAUCGCCGUGAAAGUGCAAGAUCAAGAUGGGGACCGAUACUCAGAGUUCGAGUUAGGCCAUGCCAUUCCUGAAUCCCCAGCUACAGAAACUACCGAAGAUCAGGAAUCAGAUUUUGAGUUUGGUUGUAUUACCCCAGGCUCUCCGGCUAAUGACCCUAACAAGAAUUACCCAGCUCCAGCUGACGUUUUGUUUUACAAUGGUCGGCUUCUACCACAUGCUUUUCCAUUUCAACCAGUUAAAAAUGAGAGGUCUGAUUUGUCUCUACUCACCAGUUGCACCAGCAGCAUUAGUAGCAAAGACUCGUUAAUGUCGUCACGUAGCAACAGCAGCAACAGUAGAAGCAGCAGCUGCUGUAGUGCGCGAACCAGCUCUAGCGAAACCAGCGAGAGAAGACCAUCGAUCUCCGACAGAAUGGCAGCUCGAUCACCAAUUGCGGGAGAAAGAAACCAAAUAAAUAGGCCAGUCGGGUCUCAAGACUCUCAACCAUACAGUACUUCUACGCAAAGAUGGCAGUUCAUAGCGCCAGCACCAAUUUUGACCCCAUCCACAGAAAUCUCCCGUAGAAAGAAAACCGGAGUGAGGGUGCAGGAAGAGCCGAAACCGAAGAAAAAAGUUAAGGAUCGGACGACUGGUGGCUCAUCGUUUGCCCGACGAUUUUUCCGAUCAUUUGUGUCAUCCUGCAGAGAAUGCCACUCCCUCCAAACGUCCAUGGAGGAGGAUCGGUAA